AUGGUCUAUCUUCUUGAGAGAGGUGCGUGGAUCCUUUGGGCUCUAUGGAUAGGCAGAAAUGCCAUGAUAUUCAGGGAGGAGCAUAGCGACCCUCGGGGCGUACUUGCGGUAGCGGACAACCUGUUUAAUGACUGUCUACGUGCUUUGCAACCUGAAAGCUCCAGUUUGCGAGCAACACCUGCUCCAGUCCAAUGGCAACAUCCCCCUGCUAACGUUAUUAAGAUCAACUUCGACGGUGCUUUUCACAAGGUAUCAGGGAGUGGUGUUGGAGCCUGCGUAGCAAGGAGCCAUGAUGGGAAACCUUUAGCCUCAGCAGCUCGCAGACAUGAUAAUGUCAACACCCCGGUAAUAGUUGAGGCUUUAGCAUUACGAGAGGCCAUUCAACUAGCUGGUAGACUGAGGUUUAAAGAGGUCAUUUUUGAAGGGGAUGCUAAGGGCAUCAUUGAAGCCAUGAGAAGUGGGGCGAGGACUGACUUGGCUUGUGACGUUAUUUUGCAUGAUUGUCGUAUUUUAUGUCAAAGUUUUGCCUUAGUUUCCUUUAGCUUUGUUAGACGUUCCGGUAAUUGGGUGGCUCAUUCUUUAGCCAAAAAAGCCCUCAGAGAUGUUUCUUUCCGUUGUAACAAUCUAGCACAAUUGAUGUGGCUAGAAUCGAGACUCUUGUAG